GGCGGCGGGGGGCGGUGGCAGCCCCGCUAGGGUCAGCUCAGCUGCUGCAGCGGCGGCGGCGGCGGCGGCGGGUGCGGGCCGGGGGUGGGGGCGAGGCCCCCCCGUGCGCCCCCAGCGCCCCCGCCCCCCCCCCCCCCCCCCCCCCGGCCUGAGCGGGGCGGGCGGAGGAGGGAGCGGCGGCGGCGGCGGCCGCAUUGUGCGCGCACCAGCAGCCCGGCCCGGGAGGAGCAGGACGCGCCGGGGCCGCCUCCUCCCGCACGGACCCAUGAACCAGCCGGGCGGCGCGGCGGCUCCGCAGGCUGACGGAGCCAGUGCAGCUGGAAGGAAAAGCACGGCGAGCAGGGAGCGCUUGAAGCGCAGUCAAAAGAGUGCCAAGGUGGAGGGCCCAGAUCCUGUGCCAGCUGAGGCCUCGCUGAGUGCCGAGCAGGGAACAAUGACGGAGGUGAAGGUGAAGACAGAGCUGCCUGAUGACUACAUCCAGGAGGUGAUCUGGCAGGGUGAGGCCAAGGAGGAGAAGAAGGCAGCUGGCAAGGACGGGGCGACAGGAGAUGUGCCUGCAGAGAUCUGUGUGGUGAUCGGUGGUGUCCGCAACCAGCAGACCCUUGGAUCCUAUGAGUGUGGAAUCUGUGGCAAGAAGUACAAGUAUUACAACUGUUUCCAAACCCAUGUACGGGCACACCGAGAUACUGAAGCCACCUCAGGGGAGGGAGCCUCCCAAGGCAACAACUUUAGGUACACAUGUGACAUCUGCGGAAAGAAGUAUAAAUACUACAGCUGUUUCCAAGAACACCGAGAUCUGCACGCAGUGGAUGUGUUUAGUGUGGAAGGGGCCCCCGAGAAUCGGGCAGACCCCUUCGACCAAGGUGUUGUGGCCACAGAUGAAGUGAAGGAGGAGCCCCCAGAACCAUUCCAGAAAAUCGGGCCAAUGAACAAUAUUACAUCAGAAAUUUUUAAGAAGAAAGAAGUUAGGCAGUGCCAAAAGAGAGAAACUGGCAAUUAUACCUGUGAGUUCUGCGGAAAACAGUACAAGUACUACACACCCUACCAGGAACAUGUGGCCUUACAUGCCCCCAUCAGUACUGCCCCUGGGUGGGAGCCGGCGGACGAUCCAGACACGGGCUCUGAGUGUUCACAUCCAGAGGUUUCCCCGUCUCCACGCUUCGUGGCAGCGAAGACCCAGACGAACCAGUCGGGGAAAAAAGCUCCGGCCUCCGUGGUCCGAUGUGCCACCCUCUUACACCGCACCCCUCCAGCCACCCAAACCCAGACGUUCCGCACUCCAAAUUCGGGAUCUCCAGCAAGCAAGGCAACUGCAGCAGAAAGUGCUUUCAGUCGGAGAGUGGAAGGCAAAGCACAAAAUCACUUUGAAGAGACGAAUAGCAGCUCCCAAAACUCCAGUGAAACUGCAAGUCCCCUGGUUUCCAAACCUUUCCCUCUCCUACAGAAACCCUAUACCUGUGGCGCCUGUGGCAUUCAGUUUCAAUUCUACAACAACUUGUUGGAGCACAUGCAGUCCCACGCAGCUGACAAUGAGAACAACAUCACAUCCAACCAGUCCAGAUCGCCACCUGCUGUUGUAGAGGAGAAAUGGAAACCACAGGCCCAGAGGAAUAGCGCCAACAACACCAUGACCAGCGGCUUAACCCCCAACAGCAUGAUCCCAGAGAAAGAGCGACAGAACAUCGCAGAGCGGCUGCUGCGGGUCAUGUGUGCUGACCUGGGGGCACUGAGUGUAGUGAGUGGAAAGGAGUUCCUGAAGCUGGCUCAGACACUGGUAGACAGUGGUGCUCGCUAUGGGGCCUUCUCUGUCACAGAGAUCCUGGGCAACUUUAACACCCUGGCACUGAAGCACCUGCCACGUAUGUACAACCAGGUGAAGGUGAAGGUGACCUGUGCCCUGGGCAGCAAUGCCUGCCUGGGCAUUGGCGUCACCUGCCACUCACAGAGUGUUGGCCCCGACUCCUGUUACAUCCUCACAGCCUACCAGGCUGAGGGCAACCACAUCAAGAGCUAUGUGCUGGGCGUGAAAGGUGCAGACAUUCGAGACAGUGGUGACCUGGUGCACCACUGGGUACAGAACGUGCUGUCAGAGUUCGUAAUGUCAGAAAUCAGGACCGUGUAUGUGACGGACUGCCGGGUGAGUGCAUCUGCCUUCUCCAAGGCUGGCAUGUGCCUCCGCUGCUCAGCCUGUGCCUUGAACUCUGUGGUGCAGAGCGUCCUAAGCAAGCGAACACUGCAGGCCCGAAGCAUGCAUGAAGUCAUCGAGCUGCUCAACGUGUGUGAGGACCUGGCGGGUUCCACAGGCCUGGCAAAGGAGACCUUUGGGUCGCUAGAGGAGACCUCACCGCCCCCCUGCUGGAACUCAGUCACAGACUCCCUGCUGCUGGUGCAUGAGCGCUACGAGCAGAUCUGUGAGUUCUACAGCCGGGCCAAGAAGAUGAACCUCAUCCAGAGCCUCAACAAGCACCUACUCAGCAACCUGGCAGCCAUCCUGACGCCGGUGAAGCAGGCGGUCAUUGAGCUGAGCAACGAGAACCAGCCCACCCUGCAGCUAGUGCUGCCCACCUACGUCAGGCUGGAGAAGCUAUUCACAGCCAAGGCCAAUGACGCCGGCACUGUCAGCAAACUGUGCCACCUCUUCCUGGAGGCACUCAAAGAGAACUUCAAGGUUCACCCAGCACACAAGGUGGCCAUGAUCUUGGACCCACAGCAGAAGCUGCGGCCCGUGCCCCCCUACCAGCACGAAGAGAUCAUCGGCAAGGUGUGUGAGCUCAUCAAUGAAGUGAAGGAGUCCUGGAACGAGGAGGCCGACUUCGAGCCAACCGCCAAGAAACCCCGCUCCGCCUCUGGCGAAAACUCCUCGGUGCAGGAUGAUGAUCGGCUGGGGAAGAAUGAAGUGUACGACUACCUGCAGGAGCCGCUUUUUCAGGCCACUCCUGACCUCUUCCAGUACUGGUCGUGCGUUACCCAAAAGCACACGAAACUAGCUAAGCUUGCCUUCUGGCUCCUGGCAGUUCCAGCCGUGGGGGCCAGGAGUGGGUGUGUAAAUAUGUGUGAACAAGCACUUCUAAUCAAAAGGAGGCGACUGCUCAGUCCAGAAGAUAUGAACAAACUCAUGUUUCUGAAAUCAAACAUGCUUUAACUCUUCUUAAGAACAAUAAAAAGAGGGAGACGGAAAGAGAAAGAAAAAGAAGAGAAAGUUAAGGGAAAAAAUGCCAACACUGUCACAAACAAAGAAAAAGGAAUUUUAAGUUCUAAACACUGUGGACCUCAUUCUAAAUGCCCCUGGAAACUUAAGUGCUUUUUUUCAGUGUGUGUGUACAUGUGUGUGCACACCUGAACAUGUGCAGAUGUUUCUAAGCAGAUGCACCAUGGCUGUGGGCCAUGUGAGCUCUGUGUUCCUCAGUGCGACCUCAGAAAUUGCGCACACACACACACACGCACACAUGCACACACAUACUACCCUGGUGCAUGCACUCGAGUCUGCUUCUGGGCUCAAGUGCAUUUAACUGGGUGUGUCAGGAAAGCUGAGUGGGAAAGAGGGAAGCCACUUCACCUCCUUUCCUCAGAAGGGGGCUUUUAAAGACUCCUUUUUUUCAGGUGUGCAGAUUGGCAGGAAGCCGAUGUUGUCCAAUGUUCAGGCAGCUGAGAUCUGAAGUGACUUGACACUCUGUCUUUCACCCCUGUGAUUCCCUUUCUCCUACCUCCCCUCCCUAUUAGCCCUCCUCCCCUUACUGCACCACCCCUCAACCAGCUGCUGUGCUGUGGAUUCUCCAGACUACAUCAGAUGGACAGUUUCUGCACUGGACUUUGUUCUUGUUCACCUUCAGGGCAUUGAGCUGCUGCCUCUGUGGCACCCUUUGGGGUGGGGGGCUCACAAGGCGGCCGCCUUAGAAACACACCUAUCUAUCUCCCCAAAUCAGGAAAGGAGACAUUUAAGAAUAUAAAGUUGACUCUGUGCUUUUUAAAUAUAAGAUAUAAGGGGGGGAAAGACAUUUUUUCAAAGGAGUUUAGAUCUUGUGUCCGCUCCUAAUAUUUUUUCCCUAACGUGUUAGCAGUUUUUACCUUUUUUUUUUUCCUAUUUUAUUUACAGACUUGAUUUUAGACUCUGCUAGGAAGCACUGAAUGUCUGUCUAUAACUUAUAUUUUGGAGUUAAUCGCCUUUUGGGGUUUUUAUUGUUUGUUCUUUUUUUAUGUCUUUUUGUUCCUCAAGUCACACUGUAAACUAGCUCAUCUCAGCGACAUAGUAUCCUAAGGUUUUUAUCAGCCUUCCCCAAAUAGUCCAGUUUUCACGUCUUUGAACAGCUGUGAACCAUGAAUUUGGCUGUGCUGUUUGGAGGCCAGGUGUGAGGUUGGAGUCACAGGUUUCACAGAUGUGGGGUUUAGUGGAAGCUGUAAGGAAGAAGCAUGUGGCUCAGGAUUCCUCUUGAAUGUAAGUGGAAGCCCUAUCUGCCCUCCUGGCUCUCCAUGUCCAGUACUGCAAAUGUCCCACUAAAUACCCAGAGUGCUUUACACUACUUGCCACGUCACUGACACUUCCAGCUCAACAGGGACUCCUCAGUUGACCCAUAAUCAUAUCCAUCACAUGUCAGGCCCACAGCUUUCCCUCCCCCUCAGGGUUCCAGAUGGUUCCAUUGCUUAGAGCCCUGGGGAUACCCACACAGGUGAGACCCUCAGUCUUCCUUGCAGGAUGGCAGUGGAGCAUGGUGCCUUGUGGGCCAAGUGAUUGAUGUUUCCAGGAUGGGCCGGCAUUCAAACACAUCCAGACUUGAUGCUAUGAAUUAUGUCUUUAGGCUUUUUCUUCCUGCUACCCCCCCCCCAGCUGUGAGCAAUGUAGGUUCCAUAUCUUCAGUCCAAGGGCUGAGAGAGUGACCCUUGUCCCUUCAUAUGAUGCAUCAGGAUCAGUGCUCCAAUUCCUCCCUACCUCUCAGUGAAUAAAGUGCUGGAGGUUCCUGCUGGCUCCUUUGUUCCCCUCCUUCCUGGCACCCAAGACUAUGGGAUCAACAAGGCUACACUAUGAAUUUCAGGCUGAAAAAUGACCACCAUCAUGGCAGGCUGUUUGCAAAGACACAGUCUACUGUCCAGGGGUUGUCUGAGUCUCCUCCAUUACUUCCUGGUAAUAAAGCAUUACUCAUCUUCGAGAUACCUCGACUACAAGAAGCACUGUACAACAUCCCUGUCCCCCAACUCUGUGGCUGGUGGUGAACUGGAGUUGGUAAAAACCUCUACAAGGCUUAGGAUUAUGGACUAGAGCACUGUCCCCUGUGGAUGAGCUUAUUCACUCUGCCUCACGAGAGCUAAUCCAAAUGGUUGCCUCAGAAUCUCAUACAUUGAAAUGCCUCCAAGUGACUCAUUUCCACAUUCACACUGGUAAGCCAUGUUCUCAGGAACCACCUUGUCUUUUCCUCUCCUGGAAAAGCUGUUUCCUCUAUAGGAGUCACACCAUCAGAAGAGCUAAAGAGCCUCCAUCAGCACUGGAGCAGGGAAGGGGAGAAAGCUGGACAGUCACCUAAAGUUGAGUUCCUGGAGAGUAGGGGAGCAUCAGAAGGUUGUCAUGAGAUGUGAUCAGGGCAUUCCAGAAGGUGGCUGCAGGGGUGUUGAUAAGGGACUGGUGUCAACAGUAGGUCCCUCCAGUUUUGUUUUGCUUUUGGGAAGAGCUUGCAGCCAGACACUUGUAAGCACUCUAGAAACAUCAGAGCUGCCUCCUUUGUGAGUUUGGUGGAGCAGAGCCUUGAAACCCAUCCUCUCCUAGAACACAGACAUGUCAGUGUUUCCUCACUAUUGGACUGGUUAGUUAGAAAAUACGUAUUUAUUGCAAAGUCAUAAAAAUACUCACCAUCCCUCUCUUUGGAGCACAUUCUUCUCCACAGUACAAAUGCCAUUCUCACUAAACUUUAGGUAUCUGGUUAUCCAUGUCACUUCCUGUUCUGUUCUGCUUCUCACCUCAGUUCAACCUUGCUCAGUAAGUUUGACAUAAAGGUCACUCGGCCCUCUGAAGACUGCCUCAUCUGGAUCUGGUGACAAGGUGGCAAGUUGUCAUUCUCUUUCCAGCCCCCCAGCAACUGGUGCCACCCACAGGAAAGACUGUCAGACUGCCUCCCUCAGUCUGUCUUCUCACACAGGUAACUCCCAUAGCACCUCAUUUGCUGCAGGGAACAGCUGAAUGAAAUCCAAAGAUCUCACAGGCCCAGAAGCUGGCCCCCUGGUUUCCAGCAAUAUCCACCUCAUCCAAAUUCUAGUUCAGCCAAAGGAUUGAGAAGGCUUCUUAUAAUUCAGCAUCUAGCACCCAGCCUGGUACUCUCCUCCAGAAGGAUUUUUUUUGUCUCCCUCCCAGGACCCUGAUCCACCAGGGGCCCUUGGGAUCUGAUGAGCCAGGAAAUUAGGUCACUUCUGUCAUGGUCUCAGCUGUUCAAAGUGGUCUUCUGCUGACAUGGACACAACUCACGUCAAACCAUGUGACUCCUGGGACAGAACUAGCCUUUGUCUGGGCAGAUGGACCACAGGGAGGAGGUGGAGAAAGCACAUCUCCGUUCUGCAGGAGAUUUACCCCUUCAUAGGAGGUCCAUUUGUUUCAUUGCCAAAGCCAGAGCUGAGGACAACAGCACUGUAGGUGGCCUCAGAAGUGGAGCACUAUGGGUAGCGAAGGUCUCAGCUUCUCAUGCUCUCCUUUCCCCGUGUCUCUCUGUGGACCAGCCAGGCCUGCCUCCUGCUGAUAGAUAGAAAUCAGAAAAUAGAAGGGAGUCUGUUUCUGCCUGCACUUCCUCUCCAUGGUUCAUGGCACAGAGAGCCACAUGCUGUGGCCAUGCAAAAGGACACUUCACCACCACCAUCACCACCACCCACUCCAACUGAUGGCCUCAUACUUGGCAUGUAGAGAUUGGCUGUAAAAAGGCUCCCUGGUGAGGAGAGACUAGUCUGGUUGAGAAAGGAUGGGUCUCCAACAUCCUAGAAAGAACUUUUCCCCACCAAGACCAUAGGCUGGCUAGUGUCCUAUCCUUGGUUUGCUCCUUUGUCUCCUGCACUUUCAAGAAACAUUAGAGGGAGGGUGGAGGAGAAGACUCCUCAAAGCAUGUUUUCCACUGUGAAGCUCAACCUCUGUCUUUGGGAGUCCCCUAGGUUUGUGCAAGGACACCUGCUUCUGCCUGGACUCCAACUAGACUCCUCAGAAAGUGGGUGCCUAGAGAGAUGUCAGAGACACAGAAUGCUCUCUCCAGGGUUGGGCAUAGGUUUGCAGGAAAGGUGUGAAAUGGGGCUGGGGUGCAGAAGGGGAGAGUACCAUGAGAUGACCCAGAAAGGAACACUGCCAGGAUUUCACCAUCGUGAUUACUGCACCCGCAGAGACAGAGGAGGGGUGCAGCCCCAAGUUUAUAGAUUUGCCCUUGCCUUGAAAACAGCAGCAGCAUCUGGGUCAUUGGGGUGUACUCUCAGGAGAACUCCUCAGAAGGCUGCUGGUACAGAGAGUCAGGAGGCUAAGGGAGGUUUGGGCUGGCCCCUAGAAAUAGUAGGGGUACCUGUCUCUACGACCAGCUCCUGUACCUGCCAGGCAAGGGGGAGACUGGGCAGGGCCUCCACUCUUCACUGUGGCUAAUGUUUGCUAGGCCAGUUAUGGUGAACCAAUGAUACAGUGUUCUCCCUCUUAGGUUUCUCUCCUAGCUUCCCACUUGCAGGGUUUUCUGGAGGAUUUUGUUACUGUUGUCAUCUCUCUUCCUCUCAUUUGAGUCUGAGGAACACAGUCGGCAGAGGCCUGCCUUUCUCUCAAGAGACCUCAAGACUUGCCCCUCGAGAGACUCCAAGACUUCUGUGGAAAGGUUUACCUGCUCCUGCUUCAGUAGAAACUGGAGAUGGAAGAUCAUCAGGUCACCCCAUGUUUUACAGCCACACCUCCACAGCCACCACCACCAUGGGCUUCACUUUAAAGAUUCAGACUUGCACAGAGAAAGGAGUUUUUGUGAGGUUUGCAGCCAGGUGGCAGCAUCAGAACCCAGGAGAGUCUUCCCCUCCAGCUAGUCCCACCAGGCACCUUGACUCUUCGAACCAAAGUUCCUUAAAGGGCCACAGCCCAGCCUUGUCCACAAACUCAGAGGCCUAGGGUGCCAGUGGCACUUUCAGAAGUCCAGGUUGGCAGAAACCAGGAAUCUCCCCCCACAAUCCCAGGACCCAGCCCAUCUCCAUCCAGGGCCCUUCUCCCAACCUCCUGGGCCCGCAGGAUUCCCAGACAAGGAGUGAUUCCGGGCCCUGGAACAGGCCAAGAGAGAGGGGGCCCAGGGGACCCUCGGGGCCAGUGGCUUUCAGACCUGCCAGGCCGUCUUCCGAUCACAGACAUCAGGAAAGCAUUUUGUACAACCACCUGAAGCAGAGUUUUUUUUUUUCCUUUUCUUUCCUUUUUUUUUUUUUUAAGAAAGCAUAAAUUAUUAUCAGUUGUUUUCCACUUCUGCCUUUUUUGCUCCCCUGCUCACCCACCCACAACUUCACAUGAUUCUUUCACAUCAGGUAAAUCUUGAGAAAGCCUUGGUACCACUCCCUUUCACACCCCCCUCCGCCCCCACCCCAUAUGUGUGCACCCCAUCCUUUCUCAGUAGUAAGACGUUCUAGGCAAUACCAUAGGCACAGCUGACUGUGUCUUCGAGUGCAAGAAACUCAAGUCAUCUUUAAAAAAAAAAAAUACAAAAAAAUUACAAAAAACAAACACAAAAAAAUAUCUUUUUUAGGCCAGAGUUUUCUACAGGUAUUAAUGAAUAUUUUUCUUAAUCCUUAUAAGUUUUAUGUGUUUAAUAUUUCUUAAUACCGGUAGCAUUAAUUUAUACUUUUGUAGCAACACAAUAUUUUUAUAAACAGCCAGUGCUUGGCUCAAGUCUCCACAAGGGGUUUAGCAGGGCCAUCUUAGGUCCCUGUGUACCAUGUACUGUAUUAAAAAAAAAAAAAAGUUAUCCAGUGUCACCCUUGCUGUGUUAAUUAACAAAAGAUGUUUGCGGUCUCCUGUGUCUUUGGUGUGGGUCCAACAGCUCUGUGAGGAGUCACAUUGCAUGGGGGUUGAGUUGAUGGUUCUUGUGCUAUGUAAACCCCCGAGACCAAACUUGAGGGUUUAUUUAGGGUUUUCUGUUUGUCUUUGGAUUUUUCUUUUUGUUUGUUUGUUUCACUUUAUUUUGGUAUUGUUUCUCCAUUUACAGCCAAAUCAAUUUUGUGAUGUUUUAAAAGGACCAGAAAAAAAAAGAAAGCUUUUUUUUUUUUACAAAGUAAUAAAAUUUAAAUCUGAACUGUUUAAAUGUUGCUGUUUAUACCUGUCUGUUCUUGUCUGAAAGUGGGACAUUUCCAGGGAGAAGAGGAAGGUUCCACUUGAUUCCUUAAAUCGCCAAAAGCCCCAGCCCAGAAUUCACACCCCCUUUAUCCCCCUCCCAGAAUUCUUGCAACAUUAUUUCCCCGAUGGUUGAUGCCAAGGCAAAAAGACAUCCUUUUAAUGGUUAGAGAGGAUCAGUUGCUUAAAUGAUUUCAUGUCAGUGUUGUAUUUAUGGUUUUACAAUAAAACGUCCUUUAGGAAGA